GGGGCACCUCGCUCUCCAUGGGGCUGAGGGACUGGCUGAGGACCGCGUGCUGCUGCUGCCCCUGCAAGUGCCUGGAGGAGCCCGCCGUGCCGGAGAAGGAGCCUCUGGUCAGGGAAGGCAUCUGACUUUAAGGUGCAGCCUUGAAGAGCUGUUCCAGGCUUGAUGCAGACUGUCUUCUUUCUGUGGCCUUACGUCAGCUGAAAUUCUGUUUGACAUGGAAUACAGGGGCAGCAAGGUUGUGUGUAGUCCUGGGAAGGAGCCUGAAGGCCUACGAUGUAUGAAUCAUGACUGUGAUCCAGCUGCCAAAGUCGGCUUCACCAGCAAAUAUGUUUAGGAAUGAAUCAUGGAAUGUUCAUCUUGUCCAUCAUCUAUGUAAAUUUUGAAGUUCUGAAAGCCAUUCUUCUCCGCACUGUUUUUCUCAAGUAGAUGGUAGCAAUCCAUAUUCUUCGUUUGGAGCCACGCUGGCCAGGGAUGAUGAAAAGAAUUUGUGGAGCAUGCCUCACGAUGUGUCCCACACAGAGGCAGACGACGACAGGAUCCUGUACAACCUGAUUGUCGUUCGUAAUCAGCAGGCCAAAGAUUCAGAGGAGUGGCAAAAACUCAAUUAUGAUAUCUACACCCUGCGACAGAUUCGAAGGGAAGUGAGAAGUAGAUGGAAACGCAUUUUAGAAGAUUUAGGUUUUCAAAGAGAAGCAGACUCUCUGUUGUCAGUGACAAAACUGAGCACCAUCAGUGAUUCUAAAAACACAAGGAAAGCUCGGGAAAUACUGUUGAGACUGGCUGAAGAGACCAGUAUUUUCCCAACCAGUUGGGAGCUCUCGGAGAGAUAUCUCUUUGUUAUGGACCGUCUCAUUGCACUUGAUGCUGCAGAAGAGUUCUUUAAAAUUGCCAGUCGAACUUACCCCAAGAAGGCUGGGGUCCCAUGCCUGGCAGAUGGCCAGAAAGAACUGCACUACUUUCCUUUUCCAAGUCCCUAAAGGAGAAGCUACGAGGCAGAAUGGGAAUUCUUCCACUGGACCUCAACAGCCAACCAAAGUUGGGCAAAUGCGUGCAAACGAGAAUGAGCAAGAAGAGAGCUAGCUAAGAGUAAAAGGAUUUUGAAUCCUACUAAAACCUAAGAGUUUGGGUAGCUGGUCAUCAUGAAACUCUAUGAAAUGUUGAGGUUGCAUUGAAACAUCCUGGUGAUCUUGCAUCAGAGAGUUGGUCAGUGGGCUGUUUUAUCAUGGGUGAUUAGAUUCUAUUGCCCCCAUUUUGGUUUUGGUUGUAUAAUGAGCUCUGACCACUGAUCCUAUUGGGAAAAUGGGAUAUUCCAGUUAAUAAGAUUCCUGGAGCAGUCAUUGAGCCUAAAUAUGGAUUACCAAUUUUUAAAUAACAGUUAUAUAAUAUAGGCUAACACCAAAACACUACCAGGCAUGAUGUGACCUUCCUUGAUUUUGGACCACCUACAGAACCUUGGAGGUGUUUAGAGCAUCAAUUGGAGAAUAUUCAGAAGUUUAGGUGUACCAGAUAAUAGAAGUAUCUUGGAGUGCUGCUCAGAAGGGAGUCCUAAGUAGAAUGAUCCCAAGCAGAACUCCAUGUAAAAAGCUCUGUCGUCAGUUGUGGUACAGGUAUGUCAAAUUCUUAACGUUAUUGAGAUCUGCUUACGUCAUUUUUGCAUAGUGUCCAGCUCUGGGCCACAAGCCCCUGCCUGAUAUUUUAUCAGGCAUAUUUUACCUUCACUGUCUUCUCUACUCUUAAGCCUGUUUCCAGCUUAUUGACUGAAAGUUACACCUGCCCAGAGUCCUCUCGUGCAUAUUUGCAACUCUGUAGACCGUGCUGCAUUGAAGAAAGUCAUUGCUGGACUUUCUUCCAUCCUGAAGAUGAUUUUCAGAAUGGAGCAUUUCUGUCAAUACAGUUUGCCACAGGUUGAGCAGCUCAGCUUCAAAAGUUAAUAGCCCCUUAAGCAAGGAGCUUGUCAUGAAAUCAGGGUUCAUUGUAUUGAAAAGAGCUUUUCAGGUUUAUCAGUAGAUUGCUGAAAAUAAUCGCAAUAUUCUUUCUUUUACAGAUUUUGCUUUUCUGACUUCAGGUUUAAAAGUAACUUGUAUGUAGUCUGUGCAGGGGAUUGUGACUUGAAGAUUUCCCUACCCCAACUAACUCUUUUGGUAGUGAAUACUUUGUUUAAAAUAUUUGUCAGAGGAGAUCCAUGUUAUCCAUUUAUGAGUGCAUUGCAGACCAAUUAACUGACAUGUUUCAGGAAAAUUUUUUGUAGUUGAAUAAAUAAAAAGUUUUAUUUUUUAAAAUAACUAAUACAUUUUUAUUUUGUUUUGUUUAGUUCUUAAUACCUCUCUCAUGUCGUUUAAAUUAGCCUACAGAUAUUUUCUCUCACUUCUGUAGGCUCUUGCAAGAUAAACAUACAGUGAGACAGACAAACAAAACCAAAAAGAAACAAUAAAUUAACAAAAUACAUUUGAAGAUCAUACUGUUUUCAUCCUUGUCCAUGGAAUUUGUGUUUUGUCUUUGCCUUUUUUGAUGUCAAAAUAGAGGAGAUUGUUUGCAUCUAUAGAGAAUAAGUUGUAACGAUAAGUCUUUAUUUUUGGUAAUGAAUAAGUAAGGUUAAAACUGUCUCUAUGAUUACAAAAACUCAUGGAAUUAUCCAGGAAACUUUCAUUGCAAAGAAUUAAAAAGUUUCUAUAUUUA